ACUGGAGCCAUCGAAGAGAUCGUGCAUGGUCAGCUAGCCAAAACUUUGGUGAAAAUGGAGCCGGAUCUGGCUGGCAUGUUGUCUGCUGAAAUCAAGGCAGAUGUCUUGAAAGACGAAAUUAGCAAAAUGAAAAAUGGAGGAUCGAUGCAGCUCGACAGCGAGUGCGUUGGCGCUGCCCAGAUCGAAAGGAAUUUUGAGUUUAACGUUUGGUAUGACUGUCGUUCUGCAUCAGCCAUACGACAACAGGAAUAA